GCGAUGCGGUGAGUUUAGGGUUAUCCUCACAUCAUCGGGUGGGAGGGGGAGAGGCCCCAGCCGCCAAGCGGAGAAGCCUAAGAGACAACCCCAGCAGCGAGCGAAGCAAAACGAUGGAUGGCAACCCCCAUGGUGACAGUGGACUGAUGGAGCACCAUGUGGACCUUGAAGAUGAUAGCAUCAAUUUUUGGGCAACGCUGGGUGUCAGCCCCCAUGUCAUCGAGCCAGAGCAGAACCCAAUGCCCCCCCACCACCACAUGGAGCGACAACCGCCUCUUGAGAUGGUUGAGCAGUCCGUCCGAAGGGAGCUGUUUGCCAUGGAAGGGGAUCCAAGGUUGGAUCCUUUUGUGGGUAUGGAGUUUGAAUCAGGGGAGGCUGCAAAGACCUUCUAUAUUGCAUAUGCUGGCCGUAUUGGGUUCUCUGUCCGCAUCGCACGGUCCAGGCGAUCGAAGUGCAAUGAGUCUGUUAUCAUGUUGAGGUUUGUGUGUUCGAGAGAAGGGUUCAGUAGGGAGAAGCGCAUCAUUGCUGGCAAGAAGACAAGAAAAAGGGCAGCAUCCAUAAGGGAAGGGUGCAAAGCAAUGCUUGAGGUGAUUCGAAGAGGUGAUGAGAAAUGGGUUGUGACAAAGCUUGUGAAGGAGCAUAAUCAUGAAGUUGGGAUGCCAAGCAGGGUGCACUAUAUUGCUACAGAAGAAGGAGAUGCUGUGAUAGAUCCAUAUCUCGGUAUGGAGUUUGAAUCUCUCGAGAUUGCGAAGACGUACUACUAUGCAUAUGCUAGCCGCGUGGGUUUUGAAGCUCGUGUUCGUCAGUCUCGUCGUUCGCUGCAUGAUGAAUCCCUCAAAAUGUUGAAACUUGUGUGUUCAAAGCAUCGGUACCAUUCGGGAAGGGACAACAACAGUGAUGAUAGCAAGAGGUUGCAAAUUCAAGAUCCCAACAAGGAAGGUUGUGAGGCAUUAUUUGAGAUAAUUCGGAAAGAUGGUGAUGUGUGGGUGGUUUCUAAACUUGUGCUGGAGCAUACUCAUGAAUUGACACCUUCACCGCCUAGCAAGGUGCGAUGCAUUCGCUCACAAGGAGAGAUACUUGUUAUUUCGAAGAACUUUGAUGAUACUCGCAAUCUACUGCUAAAUGGUCAGGAUUCACGGUAUCCUAGAGAGAUUCGAUACAAUGACUUGGGUCCAGAAGAUGCUCAAAAUCUUCUUGAAUAUUUCAAGAAAACACAGGCAGAGAAUCCUGCAUUUUACUAUGCAGUACAGGUUGAAAAUAAUACUUGCAUGACCAAUAUCUUUUGGGCUGAUGCUAAAUCCCGAAUGGCCUACUACUACUUUGGUGAUGCUAUUAGACUGGACAUGACAUACAAAAAUGACAAGGAAUUGAUGCCUAUUGUUAUAUUUACAGGUGUAAACCAUCACCUCCAACCUGUUGUUUUUGGAUGUGCACUGCUUGUCGAUGAGUCAGAGGCAUCAUUGGUUUGGCUCUUUGAAAAUUGGCUUGCAGCAAUGCCUGCAUUCCAUCCAGUGUCGUUAAUUACUGAACUAAAUAGGGCUAUGGCAGCAGCAGUUGCAAAAGUACUACCAAACACCCAUCAUUGUUUUUGCAAGAAGCAUGUCUUAAAUACCAUCCAGGAAGAACUGCCUGAUUUGUAUUCUGUACAUACCCCGUUUGAAGGAGAACUGAAGAAAUGUGUGGAUGAGUCAGAAACAAGGGAAUCAUUCGAGUCAUGUUGGGAUGCAAUAAUUGAUAAGUAUGGCCUGAAGGAAAAUGCAUACCUGCAGUCCUUAUACAAUAUUCGCCAGCAGUGGGUUCCAGUGUACUUGAAGGAAACAUUCCUUGCAGCAGAAUCUGUAUCUCAAAGAUGUGAAAACCUUGACAAGGUUAUUGAAAAGUAUUGCACGGUAAAGACCCCUUUGCGGGUGGCUGUUAGGCAACUUGGACAGGCCACAGCAAGUUGGUAUGAAAAAGAAGCCCAAGCAGAUUUCAUUACAUUGUUUGAAAAGCCAUUUCUGAGGACUGCCUCACCAAUGGAAAAACAAGCAGCUGGAAUCUACACAAGGACAAUAUUCAACAGGUUUCAGGAGGAAUUUGUUGAAUCCUUGGGCUACCAUGUAGAUAAAAUUGAAGAUGGAGCAAUUAGCAAGUAUCAAGUGUUGAGAAAUGAAGAUGCUGAAGAGACAUGCAGAGUCACCUUUAAUGCCUCUGAAAACAAAGCACAUUGUAGCUGCUGCAUGUUUGAGUCGUCUGGUGUCUUGUGUAGACAUGCUUUGAGAGUCUUCAUCAUCAAUGGUGUCCGCAUGCUUCCAAAAGAUUACAUCUUGAAACGAUGGACAAAACAUGCUAAAAGUGGUGCUGUUUUGGAUGAUUAUGGUGUUGAGCUCAGAGGUAAUUGUGAAGAUCCUUCAACCUCAAGGUACAAUGAUCUCUGUCGCGAUGCAAUUAAAUGUGCAAGGGAGGGGGCAACAACCGCAGAGUUCUAUAAGGUUGCAAAAGAUGCACUUCAGAAGGCUGUAAAUGAAGUUGUCUCUGCAAAGCAAAAGAUGGGACAGCAAACUUUGCAGAGUUUUAUAACAUCACAAAAGAAGCAAACCAAAAAGCUUGGAAAAGUCACACCUAGAAAAGAUGCAUCCAGUAAGAAUGUAAAGAAUCUGGCAUCGAAAAAACCAUUGAUGGAGCAUGACAUUAGAUGAUUUGAUAUUGUGAGUUGUUUUGUUUCCAAUGGAGAUAGAUAAAAGAUGCUUAUCCAAAACCCUUGGAUACGUUAAAUAUGGAGACAGAGACAACUUCCUGUUACAAAUCUUCAAGUUCAGCAAGACCUUGAUGCUUUAACGAGUUAUUCAACAUCCAAGCUUCAAUAGUUAGAGCCUCAGUGAACAUUUUUCAACUUUACAAAGCCAGAAGUACAGCAGUAUUCCUGCGAAGGUUGGAUUUUGACUGUCCUUUCAUAUCUGCAAGAUAUAUGCCAUGUAAAUUUGCUUAUAUAGCUGUGCUCCAUUAGUGACUUGGAAUACAUGGUAUUGUUGAAGAAAUCCUUCAUCAGUCGUCGAUAGGGACUAUGACUUCGAUAGAUGUAAUCCAUUUUACAACUUUCCUCGGAUAUAUGUGGUGCACCUUGUUUUUAAUGAGAUGAGGUUACCUGGAUGAUGCCAUUUAUCUUGUUCUAGCUGGUUUAUUGAUCAGUUUCCGGCAAUUUUGUUCAACAUCUCAUUGCCAUCAUGCCUUUCAUUUAUUACACAUUAGUAGUGAUCAUAUAAGGUUUUUCUAAUCCUUUGCCCACCAAGACCCAGAACCUGGAUUGAUGAGCAAUAUCUGGAGAACUCAGUACGCAAAGUAUAGACUGCUGCAAGCUUUAAAGUGGAUAAAUCUGGGCAGGAAUGGUGAGCCAACUGGUGGCAGCUUGAAAGAGGAUUUGUAGUUGGGCAACCAAAUGUGCAUUAUCUGAAGCCUAAUCAGCAUGGAUUGCCUGCCUGUCCUAAGUGCAAUAAAUUUGGACCUAUUGUAUGAGAAGCAGCAUGAUUUGAUACAAACCCAUUUGCACUGCCAAUCUAUAUUGUGAUUUGAAGCGGUCCACUUCACAAUUGGAAUGUUUAGUUGGUGCCCUAUGUUUUCAGUGGAGCUGGUAUUUGUUGCAAGUUUUUGCAAAUAACCAAACAGCAAAAUCUGGAGAUGAACCCAAUUCCUUCUCUUAUCUGCUCGAGAAGGGGAAAAAAAAAAGAGAACUGAUCAUGAAAACAGCCGUCUGUUAAAAUUGCUGAGUUCAGAUUAGUGGUUAAAAUACCAUUUAGAGUUGAGUAUGACAUUCUUAAUUUUUGCACAGAAAUGCCGGACUAAGAUUCAUGGUUAUGGGUCAUGCUGCAGCGAUUUCCAGCAGAGGAUAACCAGAACUCUUGUAUAGCAUCUAUCAUUCCUUUUUUAAUUUGUCUACCAUCAUCAUACCAUCCUUGGAUAUGCCUCCUACAUAUUUAUGCCUCCUUGGUUGUUCCAACAAAAUUUCUUUGAUAUGAUUUUUAA